AUCAACCAUAAGCAAACGGGGGCCUGGAGCUGGGGAGGUGGGGGGGGAGCAGUGGUCCCAACAACACCUUGCAGUUGGGCUGGGUCUGUGUGGAGCCCCAGAGAUGUUCCCCAGCCCAUUCUUUUUAAGAACCAAUGAAUAAAAUUAGGGGCCUCCCUCCUGCGGUCAGAGACCCGGGCCCUGGAGUGGAACUUGGAGUAGAAGAUGGCCUUCUCUGUCAACUCAUUCAUUCUCCAGAAUUCAACUUGUUCUCUGACUCAGUGGUGUUUGAAAGCACCUUCAUCCAGGUCACUAAGCAAGGAAACUGGAUGGAUGCCUAUGAAAAAUCUGCCACUAUGAUCAUCGGGGUAACCUCUUCUGUGCCCUCCUUGCCACUCCCCAACGUCCUCCUAAUGGCCAACGUCACCUGGCCUCACGGGCCGUUUUCCACCUCUAGCACACCUGGUGCCCCUGUCAUCACUCUCAGCAGGAUCCUUCCCCUGAAGUAUGUGGAGCUACAGAUCUAUGACUACACCAAGCGCAUCCUUCGGGUUAGGACAGUGACCGAGAAGAUCUACUACCUGAGGCUCCACGAGAAACAUCCACAGGCCGUGUUUCAAUUCUGGAUCCGCUUGGUGAAAAUUUUGCAGAAAGGUCUGUCUAUCACCACCAAAGACCCGAGGAUCCAGUUCACUCACUGCCUGGUGCCCAAGAUACCCAACCCCUCCAUCAAAACAACACCUGAAAGCAGCGUGCCAGCAUCCUCCCAGCCCAGUGAGAACGGAAUGCUGCUGGCGGCUGAGCGGACCAACGGCAGUCUGUUAGGGCUCUCAAAAAGACACCAGCUCACGGGAGACAGAUCCACUGAGACUACCAUAGAAAUCAACAGCUCCAGCAGCUGCAAGACCCCCCCACUGGUGGCAUCUUCAGUUAAUAUGCCCAUGAGAGCUACCUUGACCCACAGCCUCUGGGAACAAGAGAACCCAAACGAGAGCUUCCUGCAGGUUCCUGUAGCCAGCUCCUUAGGAGAGAACUUUUUGGGACCCUAA